UAGAUAAAUAAGAAAAGGAAGAAAGAGGAGAGAAAAGAAACGGAGGGGAAAGUGUUAUUAAGUCAGGUUUGUGGCUCCUCCUUCUGGCAUGGAAGGCAGUGCUAGCUGCACCGGAAUGCCUUCCUCACUUGGUUCCCCUGAGUUUACGGUCGACUGCUGAGCAACGCUCGUCCAGGCAUCAAUUUCCUGUAGGGUUAGUAUCGCCAUCCUGGCUUUCGUCUUUGGCUUCUAAUCCUUCUUGGGAGUCCAAACUUGGAGACCCUUCGUCAGGCUGAGCUUAUUCGACAAUCUGUGGUAAGCUAUCCUUAUGUUCUUGUUCCUUUUAGUUCAAGAGGUUGCUGAUGGGGAAACUUGGUGAGCACUGGAAUGUUGGGAAAUAUGAUUUGAACAAACUUCUACAAUUUGGAUUUCGGUCCCAUUGGGCCCAAUCGAAGUCUGGGUUGUAGGAGGAGGCGGGAGAGUCUAUUGCGAAGGUAUCAGGUCUGAGGUCUUUGUCAUUGACUUCGAGGAAGAUGGAUCGCAUAGCAGGCUGAUCUGGGGUCUGAUUUUGUGGGUCGAGGUAGAGGCCAUUUUUGGUUUUGCCAUGGGAUUUGGCCCAUUUGUUGGAGGUUGGGUCUGAAGGGGGCUUGGGCCUAGAAGUCCUUUAUCUCCUGUUGUCUUCCCCUUUCUUCUUAUCGUUGCCGCCUUUCCUUGAUUGAUUGGCAUCAAUUUGUGGCUGGGUCCUAGAGGGAGAGGUAGCUGGAGCUACGAUAUCUCGCCUUCCUGAUAAUGCUUUCCUCCUUUCCCAGUUUGGGCGGGAGUCCUCGCCAUAGAGAGGUUUCCCAGGGCCAAACCCCCCAUAUCACUUUAUGUCUUUCCUUUUCUAUAGCCCUCCCUUUGAUUACGGUGGCUCUUUCGUGUGACUAGCAUCCACGGACCGAAGCCCGGGUUUGGUUCUUCCACUAAUUGAUCCAUCACCGCUGACAAUGGUGUGGCUCCGGUGAUGGCCAACAUCGUCGAUGGAACUACGAGGUGUUUCUUGGGACACUCUUCCGCCACAUGUCCGAUCUUUCCACAUUCAAAACAAACGACUGAAAGAUUUUCAUACUCGACCUUCUGCCAGGAAUCGUCUAACCAGAUUCUAGGAAUAAGGUGUUUGGAUAUAUCGACCCCAAUUACCAGUCUAGAAAACUUUGCCCACUGCCGAUUCAGAGUGUGGUAGUCUAACUUAAUAGUUCUUCUGAUGAGAUUCUCGAGUGCUGUCAGUACCUCCUUGUGAUAGAAGUGAAUUUUCAGCGUCGGUAACUUACCCAUACAAUCAUAGUUUUUGGUAGGGUAUCUAAGACUUUGAACUUCGGAUACCAUUGCUGAACGGCCAGAUAAUGAUCAAAAAUUACCCACGGCCCGUCUGUGAGAGAUCGGAAGUAUUUUUUUUAUCAUUGUCGAGCUUGACUAGCAGGCAAUAAUGGAUCCAUGAUCUCCAUAGCUCCAGUUGGCUUCCAUAAGCUUCACAGACGAGAGCACAACACUGAGUAGCUGAUCUUAAGCCCGAGCAGCCUGACCACCAGGGUACGUUGCCAUGGUGUACAUAUCCUAUUCUUAAACUCUAUCGAGACUCUCAGAGAAGGCUCUCUGUUUCGCUCCCCAGGGAUGAGGUCGUGUUCGCCAACGGGGUCCAUUGACUCACACCAAUGGUCACCGGUGAUGGGGCAUUGCAUACCGUCACCGCUUUUGCAUAUGAGAACAGAGGAGGAGGCGUCGGCGACGGAUUACACUACUUGUUUGUCGACUUGGGAUCGAUCAGCAUCUCGGAUGUGGUGGUAUCAGCUGCAUGCCCCAUCGGGGCCUCAAUUACCAUUAAGGAAGUGUCCGGCUGCCGGUCGGAAGGAAGCAGAUUCGCGUCGAAACAGGGCUGUCACCAGUCGUAGUUGAGAGCAUUGCAAAAACUUUCGUCAAUGUGUGCAUUUUUUUGAAAUCCAAGUUAGAACGAAAAAUAUAAGAGUCGAUUAAGAAAAAAAGGGAAUAUAAAAAGUCAUUUUAUUU